AUGCAGCGGCGCCAACUCCCUUCACAGCCAUAUCUGUCACAACACAGAAUCCACCAAGACAUGCCACAGACGCACAACAAAAGAGAAAGAGUGCUGCCCACGGGAUCUGCAGAGCCAACAGACCACACACUCACUCGCCACACACACAUGCCUGCAAAUCCCAUUGGCACAGAGGGCAACUUACCGCAACACCACAGUGUGUGUGUGUGUGUGUGCCUCCCGUUCUCCAUUGAAGCUACAGCAAACACACCACGCAUAGUCAGUGUCACUCCUCAGAUUCCACGCCCCGAAGCAGCAGCGCAGAGAUGCUCACUGCAUACGCGGUUGUCUAAGCAACGAGCCCUGCGACACGAGUGA